GUGGCGGGCCCCGGGGUUGGAGAGGAGUGGUUCGACCGAUUGUUCCACGUGCAGUUCCACGGAGCGUCCGGGUCCCGCGAUGGGAAAGAAGAGGGAGGCCGAGUCUCCCAUUGCCGGGGGGGACGUCCCGCCCCUGCGUUCCGCUGCACUGCCGCUGCCCCAGUAGGAGAACCCAGCCCUGAGGGCAGUCUGUGGUCCAGGAGUUGGUGACAUCUGUUGUGGAAAGCCCAGGAUGGUGGAGAUCAGGGACCUAGUUCAGCUGCGGCAGCUCAACCUGGAGCUCCUGAGGCAACUGUGGGUCGGGCAGGAUGCCGUGCGGCGGUCCGUGGCCAAGGCAGCCUCAGAGUCAAGCCUGGGCUCAAGCAGCAGCCAUGACUCAGAGAUGCCAUCAUCCCAAGAGAUGUCCUCAGUUUCCUCGAGAGCCUCCUGCCCACAAGAUGCCCACCCUGGUGACCCCUGUGAUAGGUACUGGCCUGGCGAGGCCAGCUCUGGGAUGAACACUCUCCCACCUGCCAAAUGUCUACAUCAGGAGUCCCCAGGCCCUCCGAGGCCCCAUUCAGCUCCCUUACUGGCCAUCUCAGACUCAAGUGACUCAGAGCUUUCAGCAGAGCUGGACAGUCCAGGAACCCAGGAGGCCCAGGCCCUAAGGUCCAUCUUGGCUCAACAGGGCAAGUUGUCUAAGCCAAGAGUGACCAAGAAGGAGUCUCCAGUGCCUGAGAAGAGCUGGCGCCUGAGACCCUACCUGGGCUAUGACUGGAUUGCAGGGUCCCUGGACAACACCUUUCCUGUCACCAGCAAGCCUGAGGCCUUCUUCUCGAAGCUGCAGAAGUUCCGGGAAGCCAACAAGGAGGAGUGUAUUUGCAGUGACCCUGAACCCCGGUUCCUAGGCCUGCAGGAAGGUGAUGCUGUGGAGGGGGACCACGAAUGCGUGUACUGUUACCGUGUCAACCGGCGCCUGUUUCUGGUACCUGCGGAUCCUGGCACCCCCUGCCGCCUGUGCAGGAAGCCACGGGACCAGCGGGGUGCAGGGACCCUGGCGGAGCCAGUGCAGGUCAGGGUGAGCCUCCCACUGUCCGUCCUGGAUCCCCCACACCAACACCGCAUCCACCGGCGGAAGAGCUUCGACGCCUCCGACACGCUGGCGCUGCCCCGGCACUGCCUGCUGGGCUGGGACAUUAUCCCUCCGAAGUCAGAGGAAAGCUCAGCCCCCAAGAGCCUGGACCUCUGGUCCAGUGUCUCCCCUGAGGCCCACCAUCAGAAGCUAUCAGCCACCGGCUCUCCUUACCUGGCUGUGCCAACGCGGGUCCCACUCCCCACCCUGAUCUGGUCAGAACCCUCCUCCAUGCCCCGGCCCCGCUCACCCCGGCCGAAGCCCUGAGGACUGGCCAGUUGGAGCCGCUCCAGAUCAACUCUGAAUGAGCAGGCUGGGGAACAGGCUUUUUCAAACCUGAGGGACCCCAAGGAUGAAGAUCACAGGGAGAGAGGCCCUGCACAGAGCAUCACGUCUCCAGCUCUGCCUCACUCACCUGCACCCCAGCACAGUCACUUCUGUCCUCCCAGGAACAGGCAAGCCAUUCCUGAUUCUUCCAGGCUGUCCCUCCCUCCCUAGGGGAUGUCCAGAUCCCUUCUUGUCCCCCUUCCUCUACCCCUUCCAGGUGUGCAUCUCAGCUGGAGAGUCUCUUCUUUCACGAGGGCCUUCCCUGAACCCCUGGACCCCCAGAUGCAUCCACCCCAUCACACACUGCACUUUCCUGUACUCCUCCAUCCCAGCCCUUGUGUGUUUUCCUUUUUUAAAUUUUUUUUGGCCAUGCUGUGAUGUACAGCAUUCAGGAUUUUAGUUCCCCAACUGGGGAUCGAAGUCAUGCCCCCUGCCAUGGAAGCAUGGAGUCCUAACCCUUGGACUGCCAAGGAAGUCCCCUUUAUAUGUUAUUAAAUUGCUACCCAUGAAGUUCAUUGCUUCAGUGUCUCCCUCUCCCCUGCUAGAAUUUAAGCAGAGGUGGUAUUUUCCUCUUAGUUGGAACUUUUUUUUUUCCUCCUGUUUUCUCAAAGCUAGUGGCUAAACUGUAUUUCAGGAUCUGGCUUUUCCCUCUAGCCUGGUCUCCCAUUUACAUCAUGAAGGUGACGGGAGAGGAGAAGAGUUGUGUACUCAGUUGUGUCUGAUUCUUUGUGAUCCCAUGGACUGUAGCUGCCAGGAUCCUCUGUCCAUGGGAUUUCCCAGGCAGGGAUGCUGGAGUGGGUUUCCAUUUCCUUCUCCAGGGGAUCUUCCUGACCCAGGAAUCAAACCCAGGUGUCCUGGAUUGGCAGGCAGAUUCUUUACCACUGAACCACAUGGAAAGUCCCUAAAGGCAAUGGGAAGGAUGCUUUCAUUUCUCCAAACCAAAGGACUCUUGUGGUUGGACACCUUACAUGCUUAAUAAUAGUGUCAUUGUUUGUUGGCAUAAAUCCCAAAGGAAAAAAGCAAGAUCAUCUUUUUUGUUGUUUAGUUGCUCAGUCAUGUCCAACUCUUUGUGACUCCAUGGACUGCAGCACUCCAGGCUUCCCUGUCCUUCACUGUCUCUUGGAGUUUGCUCAGACUAACGUCCAUUGAGUUGAUGAUGCUGUUGUGAAGGUUCUAGGCCCCACAUAGGAUUUCAAAGUCACACUCCCUGGCGAGUCCCAGUCCCUUCGCUGGAUCUCCAGGUUGGGAAGUCUGAAGAUCCCUUGUAUCUUCCAAAAUUGACGUCAGUCAUUUAGAAAUAGGAACAGGGGAGUCUGGCUGUGUCACAGCAGAGACACAGACUCUCACUGGCCAUUGGUUCAUUCGUUCUCUCAUUAAUUCAUUCACCACACAUACAUCGAGCUCCUGUGCUAGGCGCUGUGCCAGGCUCUGAGGACACAGUGGUGAAGCAGACAACAGGGUCACUUCCCGUGGAGCCCCCCUCCCUGUGCUGGGACUGCAGUGAGCCCACACAUGGAGGAAGUGCCAGGAAGAAUGCUGGAGCAAGAUCUGACCUCUGCUUCCCCCUUCUCUGUCUCACAUCCCUCCCAGGUGAGGCUCCAGCCCUGCUGAAGCUUUUUUUCUGGCUCUUAAACCUGUUGGCUUCUCCUGGGCCUUCAUCCACCCUGUUCUGUUCCCUCUGCUCAGAGCUCUCUCUAUCCCCCAAACUCCUCCUCGGGCCUCAACUUCCAGGUCUGCUCCUCAGAGCCCUCCCCUGACCCCACGGGAUUGGCCGAGGCACCUGAGUCAGGUCCCACCUCUGCAUCCCCAUCCUGUCCCGUUACGCUCAACUGUAAAGUUCCUCGAGGGCAGGAGCAGGGCCUGCCUUGAUUUCAGCUCCCCCCGAGCUUGGUAUGUGGCAUGUGACGGGCACGCAGUAAACAGGUGUUUGAUGGAUGAGUGGAUGAGUCCCCAGGUCUUAGGAAGACGGAGGCCAUGCAGCACAGGAACGUGGAGAGUGUCCCAGGAAUGUGGCUCCAGGGCUGCUCGGUUGCUUCUAUAACUGCUCCUGGUUUUCUGUACGCCAUGUUGUCCUGUGUCUCAGGCAGACUGUCAGAGGUCUUGCUUAGUACCACCCCCACCCAGCCCUGUAGAGUUUCUGACCUCCUGGAUGAGAGGUAGGGAAUGACUGGGAACAGCUGUGACAUAUUCCUCAACCACCAGCAGCUAUGGGUCCCAGGCCCUUGGUGAGAAGAUUAGGGAGUAUGUGGAAACAAAUGAGCCCCAGCUGGCUCCCCAAGGGAGCCUUCCAACUUCCCAAAGAACAGAAACAUCUCC